CGCCAAAUCUACUCCGUCGAAGAAAAUCCGAUUCCAGAGUUGGAAUUGAGCAGAGAUGGCGAUCUCUCUUCAAUUUUGCCGCAUCUCAACUCCAACCGAGCUCCCGGUGCCGGGGACCAGGUUGUUCCGAUGGCGGAGGACUUCCUCACUCCGGUGCGCCGCCGGCGGAGAUGAUGCCUCGUCGUCGGCCGUGGCUUCUGACCCUGCCGAGUUUGACGCCCAUGCUUUCCGUCGAAACUUGACUAGGAGUAAGAAUUACAAUCGGAAGGGGUUUGGGCUUAAAGAGGAGAUUCUCCAGCAAAUGAGCCAAGAGUUUACAAGUGACAUAAUAAAGAAAUUGAAGGAGAAUGGGAAUGAAUAUACCUGGGGGAAUGUUACAUUGAAGCUUGCAGAGUCUUAUGGAUUUUGCUGGGGGGUGGAGCGUGCGAUCCAGAUUGCUUUUGAAGCUAGAAGACAGUUCCCCUCUGAUAACAUGUGGCUCACUAAUGAAAUGAUCCAUAAUCCCACUGUUAAUAAGAUGCUUGAAGAUAUGCAAGUACAAACUCUUCCCGUAAACGAGGGGAAGAAAGAAUUUGAACUUGUUAAUGAGGGUGAUGUUGUGGUAUUACCUGCUUUUGGAGCUGCCGUCGAUGAGAUGAGGAUUUUGAGUGAAAAGAAUGUUCAAAUAGUUGACACAACUUGUCCAUGGGUGUCUAAGGUCUGGAAUACUGUUGAUAAGCACAAGAAAAAAGAUUAUACAUCGGUAAUCCAUGGUAAAUAUAAUCAUGAAGAGACUGUGGCUACUGCUUCUUUUGCUCGGACGUAUAUCAUUGUGAAGAACAUUAAAGAGGCAACGUAUGUAUGUGACUACAUCUUGGGUGGUGAACUUGAUGGAUCUAGCUCUACUAGAGAGGCAUUUCUUGAGAAAUUUAAGUUUGCAGUAUCCAAGGGAUUUGACCCAGAUAAGGAUCUUGAAAAAGUUGGUAUUGCAAAUCAAACUACUAUGUUAAAAAGUGAAACAGAGGAAAUUGGAAAAUUAAUCGAGAGGACCAUGAUGCGCAAGUAUGGAGUCGAAAAUACUACUGACCACUUCAUGAGUUUCAACACCAUUUGCGAUGCAACUCAAGAAAGGCAAGAUGCAAUGUAUAAAUUGGUUGAAGAUAAGGUUGAUCUGAUGCUAGUGGUUGGCGGAUUUAACUCAAGUAACACUUCGCACCUACAAGAAAUUGCAGAGUUUCGUGGGAUCCCAUCGUAUUGGGUUGACGGUGAGAAAAGGAUAGGUCCUGGAAACAAAAUCAGUCACAAGCUGUUGCAUGGCGAGUUGGUGGAGAAAGAGAAUUGGCUACCCGAGGGUCCUAUUAAAAUUGGCGUUACAUCCGGUGCAUCAACUCCUGACAAAGUUGUUGAAGAUGUUCUGAAAAAGGUGUUUCUCUUGAAGCGCGAUGAAGUAUUGCAAACGGCGUAAACUGGUUCGUGAUUCCACAUUAGCUCGAAAAAGAUCAACACAGUUAGGUGAGUGGAAGUUCCUUGCUAGUUGUAUAUAUAUAUACAGAGUUAUUGUAAACUUUGAAUGUGAAUGGUUUUAAUGGGAGGUAGCUUUGAUAA